AUGUUCUUGUCCCAAGCGCUUCGCGGAUUUUGUUCACAUGUGAAUCAUGUGAUCCUCCAGCCGGCUACAUACCGUCACCUGCAAUGCCAAUCUGGCAAUCAGUUCGCUGGUGAAAGGCAGAGCUAGAGAAGUGCCGCUUCUGCUAUCUGCCAUGAAGCUCAGUAUAUUGUUGACGCUGGCCGCGGCGGUGACUGCUUGUCACUCAGCCACUGUUCAUCAUGAGCAUGCCCGCCAGGCUGAGCCAUCACCGCUGACACUGCUGCCCGAUGCUGUAGCCAAGGGUGCUGUAUGCCUGGACGGCACAGCUCCCGGUUACUACUGGAGACCGGGCACGGGCACGGGAAAGAACAAGUGGAUCGUUCACCAGGAGGGCGGCGGAUGGUGCUAUAACGAAGAUGACUGCGUUGGGCGCAGCAAGACGCGUCUGGGCUCAUCCAAGUACUUCCCGAAGUCCAUGACAUUCGGCGGUCUGCUCUCGGAUGACUGCACGGCUAAUCCGGACUUCUGCACGUACAAUGUUGUCUUCCUGCCAUACUGCGAUGGUGCUUCCUUCUCUGGAAACAAGGACACGCCAUUGGAAUGGAAGGGAACUACGCUGCACUUCCGUGGGAAGAGAAUUCUCGAUUCUAUCUUCGCUGCCCUUGCCGAGCAUUUCAGCACUGCGGAGGAAUUCAUUCUGACCGGCUGCUCAGCUGGUGGCCUCGCUACAUACCUACACGCUGACUACCCACCAACCAAGAUACCCAGUACAACCAAGUAUGCAGCCAUUGCUGACGCUGGUUAUUUCAUCGAUGCACUGGAUGAGGAUGGCCAGCAGCUGAUCCGACCCAAAUACCAAUACGUGUACAAGAUGCAGAAUGCAUCCAGCGGAGUCAACCAGGACUGCAUCACCAAAACACCGGAGGCCGACCAGUGGAAGUGCUUCUUUGCUCAGUACACCAUGCCACACAUCAAGUCCCGUUUCUUCGCCCUGAACUCACAGUACGACACAUGGCAACUACCAAACAUCCUCAAUCUCCACUGCCUGCCACCAAAGUGCGAAGGAAAGGACGAGACGGCCUUCGAGGGCUGGAGAGCGACAUUCCUUGCUGCCUUCCAGCCAGUGAUCAACGGCUCGUCAACAACGGGAACGUUUGCCGACGCAUGCUUGACACACUGUCAGAGUAUGUCCAACGCCUGGAGCGAGUACAAGAUCGGAGGACAGCUGAUGCGCGAGACCUUCGCCGAUUGGUACUUCCAGCGCACGACUGGCAAGGGACGAGAGAUGGACGGGCCAUACCCGUCAAACCCCACCUGCCCGCAUCAUGUCACCGAACUGGAUUUCGCGACAAAUGUCGUGUAAAUUCCGGUCAGCAUUGAUAACGCCAUCGAUUGUCAACACAGUGCUCUUCUAAAUUGCCAUGACAACCGGUCAGUGAUUGGCCAACGCAGCCAUGGAAAUAUAAUAUAUCGUCAUUGUCAGAUCGGCCAUAAAAAACGGUGACAUGCCGUUCAGAAACACAGAAAGUACCUUCUGUAAUGUGGACAUAAAUUUGGACAUUUCUACAGAUUUGAAGUGUUUGCUGGUUUCAGUCCAGCAGCUGUUUCAUCUCUGCAUGCAUAACUCGUCAGUGCCACAUUUCUAUUAGAUUUUCUCACUUAGUAUUGUUGUCGACUAGAACUGUCAUGGUGCUGUGUGUGCCGUUGUUUUUCAAUUGUCACAAUUACAUUUCAAAGACUUCUAAUCGUAAUCUGAAGUGAUCGAUGCGUUGAGGUCUCA